AUGCGAGUUGCCACAUUCCAGCAAGCAGUUGGAGAAGAGGAACCAGCCGCCGCGCCUGAAGAAGCGGCCUCACCGCAUUCGACACAAGAUGAGGAAAAUGAUAAUCAACAAGUCGAAAACGAUAAGAAAGAGCCGAUAGAAGAGAAACAAAAUAUUGAUCAGGGAAGCCCUAAAGAAGAGGAAAAGGAAAAAAUCGAAUCCGAAAAGGAGAAGAGAGUGGACGAGCCUGAGCCGAAGGAAGGAGACGGUGAAAAGAAUCAAGAGGAGGAGGAGGAGGCUAGAAAGAAUGAGGAUGGAUCACAGAGUAAGGAGGGUGAAGAAAAAGGCAAGGAGGAGGAAGAAGAGCAGAAGCUAAAAUCAGAAAAUGGAACUACUGUGGUAAGAUUUUGCUAA